UCAACCCCCCCUAAAAAAACAGUUCAGUUCAACACAGCACUGCCUCUCCGCUCUGCCUCCUCCAAGUCCAAUCCAUGGCUGCUCCGCCGCGGCGAAACCCCAACCACGGCGGCAAGAGGAAGGACGAGGAGCCGUGGCUCGCGGCGGGCAUCCGCCCGGCCAACUUCCUCCCGGGCCUGGCCAUCGGGUUCCUCCUCGGCCUCCUCCUCGACCUCUCCUCCUCCUGGAGGCCGAGGUUUAGCCUCCCGUCUGCCCCGGCGCCACGGGGCUCCAAGCGGGCGGCCGCCGGUUCCUCCGCCGCCCCAGCCCCAGGCGAAGAGCUCAAGAUGGUUUUAGUAGUGCGUCAGGAUCUUAAGAUGGGGGCUGGGAAAAUAGCGUCUCAAUGUGCCCAUGCAGCAACUGGCUUGUACGCCGAUCUGUUGGCAAGCAACCGGGUUAUUUUGAGACAAUGGGAGCAGUUUGGACAAGCUAAGAUUGUUCUGACAUGCAAGAAUCAACAGGAAAUGAACAGGAUAAAGGAAACUGCAGAAUACCGAGGUAUCCCAACUUUUGUUGUUGCAGAUGCAGGCCGCACACAGGUAGUGGCUGGGUCUAAGACAGUUCUUGCAGUAGGGCCAGGGAGGAAAGCAGACAUAGAUUCAGUUACCGGGAAAUUGCGCCUACUGUAAGCCGCAUCUCGGGCAUGAACAUCCACUGUAGUCCCAUCCUGGAAGACUAUGUUUGUUGGCUCGCAGUUGAAGGCCAGAAUCCAUUUGCUGUACCCACACCUCAUGCAUCGCUUGAUUCUUCUGACCCAGCUCUGCAGACUCUAGUGCUUGGUUUGAAAUGCCACCGCCCGCGAAUACUUUUUCGGUUACCCCUUGAUGAUGAUGAUGAUGAUGAUGAUAGUGCAACACAGCUUUGCUUUUGUUUUUUUGGUUCCCUUUCCGCGACACGGGACAAGCAUUUGUAAUCCCAAACUGUAGGUUAUCUUCUCCCCCCAAGUAAAAGUAAUGGAUCGCUUGCACCGUGUGCGUGUGUGUGUGUGCGCCCAAGAGGAAACCUCAAACAUGUGUUUAUCCUCUUCCAUGGUAAUAUGGUAGCCCUGUCUUCUCAAGCA